CGGGGAACCGCGCUCGCUGCUCCUCGCGCGCCCCAUCUCUCAUUCCCGUGCACGCCGCUUUCAGUGUAACACGUAUUUAAAACCACCAAAACAUGAGGGAAAGACGCCGUUACAAUUGGAAAACAACACAAAGAAAUCUAAUCAAUCUAGUAAGAGCUUAUAAAAUAUGUGAUAUGACGCGUGACAAGACGUUGACGGAACAAACAUGGGACAAGAUAUCUGAAGUUUUAGGAAUAAGUGCGUUUAGAUGCCGUAGAAUGUGGUUUAGUAUAAGUACUAUUUAUAAAAGAUUAAAGCUCAUGAUCAUUGAUGGAGAAUUGACCGAGAUGGAAGUCCGCAUGAACUACAAGGUAGCAAAAUAUUUAAAUGGAAUGUUGGAUUUUGUCGAUCCAUGGUUUACGUCUGCACACACAAAACAAAUCAUCAAGGUAAAAAAUCAUUUGGCUACAAAAAGGACUCUCUCAAUAUUACUUGGAUAUGACAUAGAUAAUGGAUCAAAUAUCUGUAGUGACGAAAUAAAAUUAUCAGAAGAUCCUUUUGGAAGAAAUGAUGAAGAAGGAAAUGUAAAUAAUAUUGUCAUAUCUAAUGUUACAAGCGCUGUAAAAGAAACCGAUAAAACAAAGAUUUCUGCACCAGUCAAACUCAAAGAAGAUCAUUUGAAAAAUACAUUCGGAUCAAAUUGUGUCGAUCUAGCCACUUUUGUGGUUAAACACGAAUUCGAUAAGUUGAAUAAGUAUCCAUUAUCGGUUUAUAUGGAUGAUUUGGGAACUGCUAUAUGUCACCUACUACAACCUAAUGAGCGCAGGUUAUUGAUUCAUGAUAUCGAUGCAAUUGUAAGCGACGUGUUGCAAGGAUGAAUGUUUCAUUUGUCAUCCUGACGUAAAAGAUCAAUUUCUGUGAUGUGACAGGUACGAAAGAAGGCAAUACGUUUCGGGUAAAAUUAUGAAAACGUAGACACAGAAAUGCUAAUAACUUGAUUAUUUAAUGUCUUAUAAUACUUUUGAACAACAACAACGGAACGACGAGUUACCUCGACUAAUUUCACAAUGCACCGGGGUCCGUACGAAUAACGCGAAUACAGUUGGAUUAAUCAAGAAGAAAGUAGAAUAAAGAAGUCAAAAGAAUAUUGUUAAUGUUUGUUUUGUAUUUACUGUUUAUUUAUGUACCUGUGUUAUCUUUGAAUAACAUAAUAUAUUUUAAUGUAAGAAAGCUAUUGAUUUCUGUGACCUUCACAUAUUUGUACCAUUCUGUAACAUUUUAUCAGUUUUUUUAAUAAAAAUUAAA